AAAACAUAUGUGGUGGUGUGGAAUGAGCUAGAAGGAGGGCAGGAAUUGAAACUUCAUUGCAAAUCCGGAGACGAUGAUCUCGGGCUCCGAGUGCUAAAGCCAGACAAUGGCUUUAAAUGGACAUUCCGUCCAAAUUUUUGGCACACCACACAAUUCUAUUGUACCAUGCAAUGGGGAGACGGAAAGAUUCAUCGGUUUGACAUCUACAUUUGGAAGAGGGAUUAUGAGCGUUGUGGCCAUUGCCAAUGGAUCGUUAAGGAGAGUGGACCAUGUUUUUUUGACCCCGCAGCUCAUGCAUAUGACAUUUGUUAUGGAUGGAAGCCAUGA